AUGCCAGAAGCCAAAUCCCACGAGCUUUUCCAGGAGCCGGCCCCAAGCGGGUCGCCCGGCCCCACCACGGCGCAAGACUCCGACAGCCCCAGCGACGCCGGGGAGGCACCGGCCACCGCCAAGGCAGGCAAUGAGAAACCCUCCGACAUCGUUCACGCUCUCGAGAUCGAGCACGGCAUCAAGGAGAAGGCCCUCAUUCGGAAGAUUGACUACAAGCUGUUACCAGCCCUCGGUCUUCUUUACCUCCUGUCCUUCCUUGAUCGCUCCAAUGCGAUCUUGGUAUCUGUAAGUGAAAUCGUUACCCUUGCUGUCGGCAGCUUUCAUACUGACAGCAGAACAGCCGGGAACGAAUUCCGGCGAACAUUGUGCUCAAGAGGACAUCUCCUCAAUUCUGGCUGCCUACUCUCUGUGUCGCAUGGGGGCAUCGUGGCCACUCUCCUGGGCAUAGUCCACAACUUGGCUGGCUUCCUCUCCGCUCGCUUCUUCCUGGGAGUGGCAGAGGCAGGCUAUUUCCCUGCCGUGGUCUACAUUCUGUCGAUGUACUACAAGCGCGAUGAGCGACAGUACCGCAUCUCCCUGUUUUUCAGCGCUGCCUCGCUGGCAGGCGCCUUUGGCGGCAUCCUCGCCUACCCUACCAUCAUUCGCGAUUUGGGCUACUCGAGCUGGCGAGCGCAACUCUUGACUGUCCCGGUCUAUGCCUUUUCGUUCGCCACCACCCUGACUGUUGCCAUCUAUUCGGAGCGUCUCAAGCAGCGAGCCAUCUUCAUCGCUGGAUCUUCGUUCUUCGCUAUCAUCGGCUACAUCAUGCUGCUCGCGAACACGGACCCCACUGGACGGCCGGGUCUCUCGUACGCCGGCACGUUCUUUGCUGCCGGCGGCAUCUACCCCGCCACAGCUCUCGUGCUGUCUUGGCCUGCUAUCAACGUCUCUGGGCAGACCAAGCGAGCCAUUGGCAAUGCCAUGCAGAUCACGAUUGGAAACUGCGGCGCGAUCCUUGGAACCCAGCUCUACCGAGCCAACGACGGCCCUAGGUUCAUUAUCGGCCACUCCUUUGCCUUGGGCUAUCUCGCGGCCAAUAUUUUGGUUUGUGCCACUCUCCGCUUCAUCCUCAAGAGGGAGAACACGCGCCGUGAGCAGAUCGCCAAGGAGGUCAAGGAGAUUGGCGAAUUGACGGAUUGGCCUGGUGACUCGGACCCCAGGUGGCGAUUCCAGUACUAA